AUGAAUUACAAGCCGAAUUUGAAGAUGGACAGUACCUCUGGAUCAUUUAAAAAACAAGAAUAAACUUUAUCUUUAGAAAGCACUCAAAAGUCAGAUUUUUCAGCCAUCAAUUCGAAACCCAAUUUUGCCAGCAAACCAUCCUUCAAUAUUCGCAACCGUUCCACUCAACCAUAAGAAUAGGAACCUUAGUUAACAAGCACUAAAGAAGAUUUCUUUAAAACAGGCUCAUUUUAAGAGAAGGUACCUCUUAAAGAUAGAAUCUAACGAUCAGACGAAAAGAAAAAUACUGCCCCUCUUAAUCAAGGACUCUAUUUACCUGGACAAGAGGAGCUUUUUAGGAAACAAAUCCAAGUUGAAAAGAAGGAAGUUUAGCAAGCUUAAGUUUAAUAGGUUAAACAAACUUAAUCAGAUUCCUAUAUGCCAUCGAUUGGUAAUUAGAAUAAGCGAGAAGCAGCAUUAUUAGGUUCAAAAAAUGCCAUCGAAAAUAAAGUAGCAGUUGCAGAUCAAACCAAAGUGCAAUAAUAACUUGAGGAAGCUGAACCAAUAGAAGAUCUAGAAUUAGUGCUUUGUCCUGAAGGAUGUGGAAGACAAUUUAAACAAGAUGUUCUGGAAAAGCACACUAAAGUGUGUAAACAGGUGUUUCAAUAGAAAAGACAAGAAUUCAAUUCCAAAUAGGCAAGAAUAGUCUCAAAUGAUUAAUAAAAAUUAAUGCGACAAGGGUAAAUAAAGGAGAAGCAAUAAUAAAAGAAAUAGGGUAAAGCUCCUCUUGAUCCAAAUUGGAAAAAACAAUCUGAAGAAUUGCGCAAUAUAAUAAAAGAAUAGAAGUAAUAGCAAUGA